GUAACUCAAGCCAGAAACAAGAAGCAUGCAGAGAUGCGAGUGCCAGGUCAUCUGUGCCGAGAGGAAAGGCUGGUCGACGUCGCCAUCACAACAGCUCUGAGAGUGAUAAGGACAUUAAAAAGCAACGACUAGAUUCUGCUGAAAAGUACCGGCGUUUCGUCAUCAAUUCCAUGCGCCAGAGAUACGGAAGCAGGAGAGCAGCAGGAGCGGCAGCACAGGAACAAGCACAGCCACUGGCUUUCAACCAAGGCUUUGUCAACCUUGUCAUUCGGCAGAUCAAAGCCUCCCGCUUAAAAGAGAGAACAGAUAAACCCCGAGAGGAUGUGGCAGGUGCUCCUGAACCAGAAGAAUGUGUGGAUACAGCCAUGAAAGUGUCAGAUUUGUUUCGUGGUGUGGUCCCAUCAGGCACGACAAAGGUGAUGUUUUUGUUUGGUAAGCCAGGUACAGGCAAGACCAUGCUAAUGCACAGGAUUUGUCAGAAAUGGGCAGAAGGUGUCCUACCUCAGUUUCUCUUCACUUUCCUGUUUGAGUUUCGGCAGUUGAAUUUAUUAAAAGGAAAAUUGACUCUGAAGGAGCUUUUGUUUGACCUGUUCCUUCAGCCAGAAGACAGCCCUGAUGCAGUGUUCCAGUACCUCCUGGAAAAAGCCUCUUAUACACUGAUCAUCUUUGAUGGACUGGAUGAGUUUGCAGCUAACAUGGAUGUGUCAUCCUCUUCUAUGGGAGGCCCAUCUCUUACCUCCCGUAUGUCCAUAUCUGAGCUCUUUGUAAACCUCUAUCGUGGGAAGCUCCUGCCUGGUUGCACAGUGUUGGUCACCAGCCGACCUAAGAGACUACCUGAAGACUUACUGAACACAGUAGAUCUGCUAGCAGAAAUUUGGGGAUUUGACCAUGAGAAGGUUGAGGAAUAUGUCAGCCACUAUUUUCAUCAGCAUUCAUUCAAAGAGCAAGCCAUUGCUCACCUGAAGAACAACACCAAGCUCCUCAGCCUGUGCUUGAUCCCUGCUCUGUGUUACAUUGUGUGCACCUGUUUGGAGUAUUUGCUCCUUAAACAUCAGAUGAAUGUGGAGCUUCCCCAGACUAUGACACAAUUUUAUAUCAAAAUGCUUCUCAUCUUCAUAAACAAACAGCAAGGAGAACGUGCAGGUGAUGAGGAGACUCAGCUGAACUGUAACAGGAAGGCCAUUUUGGAUCUGUGUGAUCUUGCACUGAAAGGCCUGGAAGAUAAGAAGCUUGUAUUUUAUGUUGGUGAUAUUCCAGAGCACGUGAAGGAAUUUGCUUCCUUACACGGACUGCUGACUGUCUUUGAGGUGAAGACGAGUGGCACACACCCAGAGGCUGGCUAUGCCUUUGUGCACUUGAGCUUGCAGGAGUUUUUUGCAGCCCUGUAUCUCAUGGUAAGUGAGAGGGUGGACAAGAACUACCUGAGGAAGAAGUUCUCUUUGAAGUCAAAGUGGACUUUAAAGAAUGAGGCAAAGACUGAGUUCAUGGAGAGUUUUCACAUCUUUCUCUCAGGCUUGUCGUCAAAAGAGUGUAGGACAUUUCUCAUGCUGUUGGCUGACCAAGAUGAAGCUUGGGUGCAGGAUAAGCAGGACGCAAUCCUGCAAUCUCUCAAGAAACUGGCGGCCACUCAUCUGACAGGGCCUAAGGUCAUUGAGCUCUGCCACUGCACGUUUGAAACGCAAGACCUCAAAGUAGCCCAGCACAUCGGGAGCCUGCUGAAUUUCAAGUAUGAGUUUAAGAACUUUAGACUGACGCCUCUGGACAUGUCGGCUUUGGUUUUUGUCAUAAACUUGGGCCAGGAUUUGACUCAUUUGGAUUUUGCAGGAUGUCUCAUGGAUGUUGACUGUUUGGAGAUUCUGGCUAGCUGUAAAAAUGUAGAGCAUUUGAGCUUUCGUAGUAGGAGAUGUGGCGAUGACUUUGCUGCUGCUCUUUCAAAGAGCAUACAAGGGAUGGGGAGCCUGAAGAAACUGGCGCUGACAGGUGGGAGCAUGACAGCUGAGGGGAUGUCUAACUUGGUCCAGGCUUUAUCACAGUGCCACCAGCUCGAGGAAAUAAACUUGCAGGACAAUCGGGUACGGGAUCUAGACGUGAAGAGGGUGAUGGACCUGUUUUCCAGAAUGGAAAAGCUGAAGAAAAUAAAUCUGAGCAACAACGAUCUGUCCUUGAAUGCUGUUCUCAUUUUGGCAAAGGAAGUCAUUGCGUGUCAAAAUGCUACUGAACUGCUUGUCAGGAAGGACACUGUGAUUAUGUGUUUUUCUGGCCCAUCUGGGAAUUUUCCAAGAUCUUUGGAUUUGAUGUGGGAAGAGAAUAAAGAACAUGUCAUUCCAACUAGACACGUGAAGUUAUGCUUGCAGGACUGCAGUCUGUCUCCCCAACAUGCAGAGGCGAUCGUUGACAUUCUCCAGAGCUGUCCCUGUCUCUCCGAAGUGAAUUUAUCAGGUAACAAGCUUGGAGACAAAGGCUGCAGUUGCCUGCUGGAAAGCCUCCCUUGGAUAUCAAUUUCAAAGCAGCUGGAUCUCAGUCAAAACCACCUCUCUGUUAAUGGCAUUUGCAGUCUGUUGAAGUCAGUAAAUACCUGCCAGAAGAUGAUGGAGGUGCAAGUCAGCCUUUGUCGUCAGACUGCAGUCCUGAGGUUUGCAGAAGACAGAGAAUUUGCAUCCCCUCCUCCUAGGGAAGAGCCUCUGUUCUCUACUGAUGAGCAUCAAUAUGGAAAGGAACACCAGAGACCUACGACCUCCAAAAAAAUAAGACUGACAGACAGUCGUUUUCAAGCCAGUGACCUGGAGAAGCUGUGUGCAGUCCUGAAGAAAAGUAGCAGCAUCUCCGAGCUGGAUCUGUCAAAUAAUAACCUAGGAGAUGAGGGACUUCUGCAGCUGUUUCUGUUCCUCCCGAAUUUGAAAAUGUUAAGUUCUCUCAAGCUUAAUGACAACCAGAUCUCCCUGAAGUCUGUGUUUUUCUUAGCUCAGUCCUUAUCUACAUUGGAACACAUUAAAACAAUGAACCUCAGCUUAGGACACAGGCAGGUGGUUCAUCUGACCUUUUGGGAAAGGAUCAGGGCCAGAAGUACCAGCAGAUGGAGAAGCAGUUUCCUGGCGCAUCCCGAGCACGUAGCAAAAGGAUGGUGCUUUCGUCUCAGGGACUGCAGAGUGGGUCCAGAGGACAUGACCAGGCUGUGCCAGAUACUGGCUCAAUGUCCCCAGCUGACAGAAAUUGAUCUGUCUGGAAAUUCAUUGAGUGACCAAAGCAUUGAGAGAUUACUGAGCUUCCUGCCAUACCUCUGUCACCUGACGCUGCUGAGCAUCCACAACAGAUGCAGGACUUGUUCGUUGACACGUGGUGACAGCACACCACCCGUGUGCAUGGUCAACAUCCACAGCUCUGCCCCUGCAGGGAUCUGGCAUCCUGCCGCACUCGACAGCGUGUGCAGGCUGACGUACUGUGCCAUCGGUCAAGGGCUGGUAGAUGAGCUCUGCAAAGUCCUGGAGCAGCGUGGGUGGCUGGCGGAGGUAGACCUCUCCAGGACUCAGAUGGGAGAUGAAGGCCUGCGGUGCCUCUUGGACCACUUGCAUCAAGCGCCUGUGACCUGUUCGCUCAAUCUCAGCCAUAAUAGGAUUUCUCAGGAUGGAGUUCUGCAUCUCGUAAAUGCCUUUGCGACAUCUGGAAAUACCAUGGAAGUUCAAGUCAGUUUGUGCUCCAAAGCAACUUUAAUCAUCAAGCUGACAAGCAGAGAUGACCCAAGAAAGAUUUUGAGACUUGCAGAGUGCAACUUUCAGCCAGACCACUUGGAAAAGUUGUGCUUGCUCCUGGAAAAGUGCACUGGUCUGACAGAGUACAGAUCCUCAAAUAACAACGUGACAGUCCAAGCUGCAGAGAGACUUUUGCAUUCACUGAGGAAAAACCUGGGUCCUCUGAAAAUCAGCAUAGAAGAGCCAUGGGUGCGUAAAGAAAGUGUCACGAACCUUCUCGAGCUGGCAGUCCAGGCCUGUGGAAACAUUACUGAGAUCACGAUAUGUAAAGAGAAAACCCUCUUCCAAUUAGGUGUAAGGUUCCUACACUGCCCGGAGAAGGUGGAAUCAGUCAUUAGCAGACUGAAUCUGUACAAGCCAGAAGUCGAGCAUGCGUGCUUCUACCAAAGGAUUCGUGAAAAAUGUGCUCAGCUUCAGGAAUUGAGAUGGUCCCAUGUUGAGCUCCUUAAUGAUGAAGCAGAAAUGCUAGUCAGGAUUUUGCUACCUCUUCCAGACCUGAAGAAGUUCGGGCUGACCUCUAGCAGUAUUACGCCAACUGGAAUUGAUUACUUGAUCACGGGCUUGCAGAAUUGCCAGGCCAUUGAAGAGCUCAACCUGGGCUACAUGAAACUCAGCAGUGCCGCCAUUCCUAAGUUUGUGCUGGGGCUUCGUGAAAUGCCAUCUCUGAAAAGGCUUAUCUUGAACCACAACAGUAUUGGUAACGAUGGCUGCUCCAGACUCGCAGAAGCGUUCAGGAAUAUGCACUACAUGGAGGAAAUCAAUUUAAGCCACAACAACAUUGGAGAUCCAGGCCUGAUAAAUCUAGCUGCUGUCCUGCUGGAAAUGCAAAACCUGAAGAGAAUCGACCUUUCAGGGAACAGUCCUAGUCCUGCUGGAGGGGAGAAGCUGAUGGAAGCUCUUACCUAUUGCAAGCACAUCGAGGAGCUACUACUAUCAAGGAAUGGCUUUGGAGACAGGACAGCAGUGAAACUUGCCCUCUGUCUGCCUCACAUGACCAACCUCAAGAUCCUGCACUUGCAGAACAAUGGCAUUGGGCCAGCAGGAGGGAUGGAGCUGGCCAGAGCCCUGGUGGCAUGUGGGCUGCUAGAAGAGAUAAGUUUAUCAGAAAAUGACCUUGGGGAAGGAAGUAUCCAUGCGCUGUCCGAGGGGCUGCCGUGCUUUGAACGCCUCCGGAAGAUUGAGUUGAAACUCUGUGGAAUUACUGACAGUGCUUCGAAAUCACUUUCUCACGGCUUCCGACAGUGCCCAUCCAUGGAGGAGAUAAUAUUGUCAUGGAACGCCCUUGGUGACAGAGGAGCCCGAGAGCUGGCCAGUGCUCUCCCCGGGAUGGAAAAGCUGAAGAUGUUAGAUUUGGAGAAAAAUCACAUUAGCGCCUGCGGGGCCAGAAAGCUAGCAGAGGAACUUGCCAAGUGCCCGGAAAUUCAGUUCAUAAGGCUGUGGGACAAUCCAGUGCCCAGGGGCCUCGCUGAGAAUUUGACAAGCCAAGACCCAAGACUGUGUUUCUCCUUCUACUAG